AUGUUCAAGUCUGCUCUUUUUCGAGUCCUGGUGGCAACGGUUGUUGUUGUGAUGGCAAAAAGCAUUCCGCGUGGUUCUCGACCCGCUAAACGUGCUAGCUGCAUUGUCAACUCCGUCGCUACAGCUUCAGAUCUUUCUGACUGUUCUUCGGUGACAAUUGAAGCCUUCACCGUUAGUAGCGGCAACGUCCUGACGCUGGAGCCCGCCGAUGGCGCGACUGUUACAAUGACUGGCUCAAUCACAUUUGCCAAAACUACUUCUAGUGGCCCAUUAUUCACUAUUGACGGUACCGAUAUCACUUUCAAUGGUGCGGGGAAUGAGUUCAACGGUAAUGGUGCGUUGUAUUGGGAUGGCGAAGGCACGAACGGAGGUGUCGCAAAACCUCAUCCAUUAUUGAAGUUCAAGGGUUCGGGCACUUACUCCGACUUUACGGUGCUGAACACCCCCGCGCAAGCCGUUUCUAUCGGCAAUAGUGAUGGCCUCACCUUUACUAGUAUCACCGUUGAUAACAGCGCUGGCGACAUUGAUGACUUGGGCCAUAAUACGGACGGUUUUGACGUCUCUGCGGACGAUGUGACUAUUCAAGACAGCAUCGUAAAGAACCAGGAUGACUGUCUGGCUAUUAACGACGGGACAAACAUCAAGUUCUUGAAUAACCAGUGCUCUGGAGGCCACGGUAUAUCCAUCGGCUCGAUUGCUAGCGACAAGUCGGUUACCGACGUAACUAUCAGUGGUAAUACCGUCACCGAUUCAUCAUACGGCCUGAGAAUUAAAGUGGACGCUGACGCCUCUUCGGCUUCAGUGUCUGGUAUCACCUACUCUGGAAACAACCUGAGCGGAAUCGAAGAAUUCGGGGUGUUGAUCACUCAGUCGUAUCCCGACGAUGACGGAACCCCUGGGACUGGCGCGCCUAUUUCGGACAUAAGCUUUACAGGGUCCACCACGACUGUAGUAGUUGACUCUGAUGCAAAGCGCCUUACCGUUGAUUGUGGUGCAUGCUCAGGGACUUGGGAUUUUUCGGCUCUCACCAUCACGGGCGGUGAAGCGGGUACGCUCCUCCUUAACGAUGCCACUAUAUCCGGAGGCUCGUACUGA